CCAAGGAGAAACACACACACUCUCUCUCUCUCUCUUUGAAUUUUAUUUGAGAGAUGUAAUGAUCGGAUAAACUAUAUUUCAAAAAUCAAAAAAAAAGUCUUCUCUGGUUCUUCCCUUUGGGGGGUAUUGCUGUUUGAUGAUGGGAUUUUGCAUCUGUCCGUUAGAAUCUCCGGCGAGAUUACUAUGGAGUACAAGCUUCUUCCGCCAUAAGAUCAUCAUCUUCUAAACCCUUUUGGUCUCGCUCUUUCUCUUACUUUGAACCCAAUCCUCUCUCUCUCUGUCUCUCUGUUUCGUUGUCUUUUUUUUUUCUUUACAUCUGUAUUUUCUUCUGGUCAAUCCAUGGAAUCCAAUUCGUUUUUCUUCGAUCCUUCUGCCUCCCAUGGCAACAUGUUCUUCCUCAAUCCCGCCGUUCAAGGAGGAAGAUCGAUGAUGAACAUGGAGGAAUCAUCAUCAAAGCGAAGGCCCUUCUUUUGCUCCCACGAGGAUCUCUACGACGAUGACUAUUACGACGAGCAGACACCCGACAAAAAGCGUCGCCUCACUACCCAACAGGUGCAUCUGCUGGAGAAAAGCUUCGAGACGGAGAACAAACUGGAGCCUGAGCGCAAGACUCAGCUUGCUAAAAAGCUUGGUCUUCAGCCAAGACAAGUUGCUGUCUGGUUUCAAAACCGCCGUGCUCGUUGGAAAACCAAGCAGCUCGAGAGAGACUUCCAUCUUCUCAAGUCAACGUACGACCAACUCCUCUCUAACUACGACUCCAUCCUCAAGGACAACCAUCUGCUCAGAUCCGAGGUGACUACCUUAGCCGAGAAGCUCCAAGCCAAAGAAGAGACAAGUAACGAGCCACCGGGUCAAGUGCCCGAAGCAAACCCCCAUCAGCAGCAGCAGCUUGAUCCGGUGAACAUGAACCAGAUCGAACCGCCAAUUAAAACAGAGGACAGGCUGAGUUCAGGGAGUACGGUACUAGACGAAGACGCACCUCAACUACUAGACUGCUGCGACUCUUACUUCCCAAGCAUCGUACCCAUCCACCAACCGGAGGAACAUAAUAACAACGCCAGUGAUAAUCAUCAGAGUUGUUUAGUCGACGUCUUUGUGCCCACCACUUCGCCGCCCCACUGUCACAGUGAAUCAUUGGGAUUCUGGGGCUGGACUUGAAAAGUUAAGCCAAAUAACUAUGUUUAUGUUUAUGUGUGUUUAUCAAAGUACAGUCAUGUUGUUUCCAUGUUGACGUAAUGCCGCUAUAAUUUGUGGAGUGAUUCCACGGAAUUUAUCAGUUAUUAUAUAAACGUUUGCGAA